AUGUUGGAAAGCCUUUGUAUCGACUUAAUCAACGAGCUGUUCAUAACAAAAUAUAAAUUUCUCCUGGCGAUGAAACUGAACAUUAUGUUGAGUGCAAAAUGCCAGAAUUGCUCAAAGAACAAAGUUGCGAAGGAUGACCAGGAUGGGGUGUCCCCAUCAACUGUAGGAAAUUCUACACCGGUGCUUCAUACGCAGGAGGAAUAUAACUACGCCAAUUUUUGUGAUUUAAAAAGGAAAGAAAUGAGGAAACAGAGAAUAAAAAAAAGAAAUUUCAAAAGGUUAAGAAAAUAUGUAAGGGAUUUAAAGGAGCACCGUGCAGUGGAUUAUUCGGAAGGAGGGAAUGACGAGGCGCAAACCUGCGGAGCGACUUGUCUGAUGAAAGCCAGUCAAGCGAACACCUCCCACGAAUGUGCACCGCAUUAUGGUGCAUCGCAUAUCUACCAACCUUCGUUAAUUAUUUUACGCAGUAGAAAAAUUCGCGUGGGAAGAAAAAGUGUUGUGCUUCACCUAAAGGAAAGGUGCAUUUUAAAAAAAGAAAAGAACUCCCCUUGUUCAGAAGAUGGUGAAGGGAAAAAGGUUCCAAUGACCACUCCUCCAAUGGAAAAAUCAAGAAAGAAAAAAAAAGUAGAUCAUCACAUCAGAAUGCUAAAUAACGAAUUAUGCGAAUACAUCAGCAAAGAUUUUUAUCCAUUUCUGUCUCUCUACAAUUUUGACAAGGAACCCUUACCCCCCAAGAAGAACAGAAUAAAUACUCUCCUGAGUAAAGAAAAAAUGAACAGCGUUUCAAGAAACAGAAAAAAAAUAAAAGGAACACUACGAGGGGAGUAUACCAAAGGACCUGUUCUUCUUUCGUCCAAAAAAUUAAAUACACAUUAUGUGAAAUUCCUAUCCAAAGUGCGAAUGCUCAUUAAAAGGGCCUACAAAGGAAAUAGUGGAGGAGAGACAACGCAGACUCAGGGGGAUGAUCCAAAGUAUACCAUCUUAAAAACGCUUUUGUAUUUAAAAGGGGGGGGUAUCAGUAACACAACCAGUUGCGCUUCUAGUAGGGCUAGUUGUGGGAGGGAACUGGCAAAGGGAUCCACACACAGAAAGGAUCGUUCCAAAGAUUUACUACUCUUGGAUGGGCCAAGUGAAGGAUAUAAGUACGAGGUGUACAGAGCGAUUUCCACAAUUCGCUUUUUGAGGGAAAGCCUCCAUAUCCUCCGAAUGGACACCAUAUACAUUUUUGUUUUUUUCGCGUCCUACAUAAAUGGGAUCUUGGCGAGGUUGCAAGGAGGACGAUGUAGCGAAGGGGCAAUUGGGUGA